GGUAGCGAAUCUCACCUACAGAGGAACUGCGAGGGAUGUUCAGUCGGACCUGCACAGCGGCAGUACCUACUCCUGGGUUAACCGUGAACAAGAAAAUAUCUCGACCUGCUAUUAAAUUAGAUGGUUCUCCUUGCCAUGAGGUUUGAUGUUUUGAAAGAGAAUGCCCUCUUGACCGCACUUAUUUUCCAUAUCCCCUUUUCAGUUGAAGACAUUCCAACCCAUGCCCUUUCCUACCUACCUACAUACAUUUGCCAGUUUCUGCUCACUGUAAGCCUUGCGGCCAUUAGCCUUGCGGCCAUUGGGGAUCAGAAGCCCAAUUCAAUGUUGAAUUGAAGUGGUGCAACAUGGCUUCAGAACACUCGACUAUGAACUGAUCAAAUAUCCGCACGAUGACAGAUAUGAAGACACUC